AAAUGUAUUUCCGCAACAUCAUAACCCUCUUGUAUCAUAUCCUAAAACUGAACUCUCUGAAACAGUAUCAUCAUCAACCAACAAGAAGAUGGGUCGCUCUCUUCUCUCUCACUUCCUCAAUCUCUCAAACGCUUGUCCACGCUUCACGUAUUUCACUCUAUAUCUAUAAUCUUUUUGUACCUACAUUUUAAACGGCAAAAGAUAUAUGGGUUCUGUUAUAAGUGUGUAGCUGGAAAUUUCUAUGAAAUUGAUAUAAUGCAUACUGAAUUCGAAGUUGAAAACGUAAAAAUUUUAAUGGGUUUGUGGUCGCGUUUCUAAUUUUGCACAAAUUAUGUUUGUUUGUUAUCUUACUUUUAAUUAAAUUGGGGAUUUUAAAGUUUAAACUGUGCAUAUAUGUUUGCUCUGAUUCAUUGUUCUUGAUUAUAAUGUUUAAUGUCUUGACCUACAUGUGUCUUUUCUGAAAGGGUGUUUAUGGUUAGUUAAGAUUUAAUCUUCAGGAUUAUGCACUUAUGCAUGCUUGGUGUUUGAUGUAUUGCCUCACUGAGAUGAAGAUUUAAAUAAAGUGCCUAAAGCUUGUUAAUUGAAAAAUACGAGUUCCGUUUACUAGAGAAGGUCUAAUUCUUGUUAAUUGAAGCUUGUUAAUCCAGAAAUUCAACUGUUCGUAGGCAUCAAAAUUGAAGAAACUGCAAAUCGUGAUGACUUCACUGAUAUUACCCACUGCAUCACUCUCAACACCACCACAAUCUCCCAUAUCAUCUUCAUCUUCUCGCAUCCAACACACACUAACUCAAAGAAUCCACAUUCCCCCUCAUAUUUACAAACACCCAGCAGCAAUUCUCCUAGAACUCUGCACUUCACUCCAAGAACUUCACCAAAUCAUCCCUCUAAUCAUCAAAAACGGUCUUUAUCAAGAACACCUCUUUCAAACAAAGCUCGUGAGCUUGUUCUGCAAAUACAACAGCUUAACCGAAGCCACCCGUGUUUUUGAACCAAUUGAAGAUAAAAACGAUGCUCUUUAUCACACAAUGCUUAAAGGGUAUGCUCAGAAUUCUUCUAUUUCUGAUGGGUUUUCCUUCUUUUGUCGUAUGGUUGAGGAUGGUGUGCAGCCUGUAGUGUAUAACUUUACGUAUUUGUUGAAGGGUUGUGGUGAGAAUAAUUAUGUUAGGGAAGGGAAAGAGGUUCAUGCGCAGGUGAUUUUGAAUGGGCAUGAAGGGGAUAUUUAUGUUAUGACUUGUCUUGUUAAUAUGUAUGCGAAAUGUAAGUUGGUUGAGGAUGCAUACAAGGUGUUUGUUAGAUUGCCGGAGAGAGAUUUGGUGUGUUGGAAUACGAUAAUUGCGGGUUAUGCUCAAAAUGGUUUUGCUGGGAGAGCAAUAGAAUUAGUGGCGCAGAUGCUAAGUGAAGGAUUAAGACCGGAUCCCGUUACGGUUAUUUCCAUUUUGCCUGCUGUCGGUAAUGUUGGUGAUUUGAGAGUCGGGAAAUCGAUACAUGGUUAUGUUUUUAAGUCCGGGUAUGAACGUCAUGGUAAUGUUGCCACUGCGUUAGUUGAUAUGUACUUGAAAUGUGGGUGUUUAAGCACGGGGCGUGUGAUUUUUGACAAGAUGAGUAGUAAAAACGUGGUCUCGUGGAAUAUAAUGAUCGAUGGCUAUGCACAAAAUGAUGAUUAUGCAGAAGCUUUGUCGCUCUUUGACAAAAUGUUGGAUAAUGGAUUUAAACCAACUGGUGUGACUGUUAUGGCAGCUCUCCACGCGUGUGCUGAUUCAGGUGAACUUACACGCGGGCUAUUUGUUCAUUCGUUAGUCAAUGAGCUAGGACUUAAACAUGAUGUUUCGGUCAUGAACUCUCUAAUCUCCAUGUACUGCAAGUGUAAACGUGUCGACAUUGCUGCUGAAAUAUUUAAAAACAUGAAAGAAAAAACUCUUGUCUCGUGGAACGCCAUGAUACUUGGAUACGCUCAGAACGGUCAAAUAAUCAGUGCUUUGAAUCAUUUCCGUCUCAUGAAAGUAAAAAACAUCGACCCUGAUUCAUUCACCAUGGUAAGCAUCAUAGCAGCCGUUACCGAAUUUUCAGUAUUACGCCAAGCAAAGUGGGUCCACGGGGUCGUCACAAGAACUUGUUUGGAUACAAACGUCUUUGUGAAAACCGCUCUUGUGGACAUGUAUGCUAAAUGUGGAGCGAUUACGACUGCUCGAAAGCUAUUUGAUUUAAUGAACGACAGACACGUAACAACAUGGAACGCGAUGAUUGACGGGUACGGGACACACGGGUAUGGAACGGAAGCUAUAAAACUUUUUAAAAAAAUGGAAGCCGGAGAUAUCAAGCCAAACAAUAUAACGUUUUUAUGUAUCAUCUCAGCCUGUAGCCACUCGGGUUUUGUGGAAGAGGGGUGUCAGUAUUUUUACAAAAUGAAAAACGAAUAUGAAAUCGAGCCCACGAUGGAUCACUACGGAGCCAUGGUGGACUUGUUAGGCAGAUCCGGUAGGCUAACCAAGGCUUGGGAUUUCAUUCAAAACAUGCCCGUUGAGCCCGGGAUUAACGUUUUCGGUGCAAUGUUAGGUGCUUGCAAGAUUCAUAAAAAUGUCGAACUGGCGGAAAUGGCAGCGGAUAGAUUGUUUGAGUUAAGCCCUAAUGAUGGCGGGUAUUACGUACUUUUAGCAAACAUAUACGCAACGGCUUCAAUGUGGGAUAAAGUGACCGAAAUCAGGAGUAAAAUGGAGGAAAGAGGGAUACGGAAAACACCUGGAUAUAGUUCGGUUGAGUUAGAAAAUGAAGUUCAUACGUUUUAUUCUGGGAGCUCGUGGCAUUCGGAUUCUAACAAGAUUUAUAAUUUUCUUGAAAUAUUGAUCGAUAAGAUUAAGGAUGCUGGUUAUGUACCUGCGACAGAUUUGAUGCAAGAUGUAGAAGAUGAUCUGCAAGAACAAAUGGUGAGUACUCAUAGUGAGAAACUUGCUAUUGCUUUUGGGCUUUUGAAUACGCGUCGGGGAACAACUAUACACAUCAGAAAGAACCUUCGCGUGUGUGGUGAUUGUCAUAACGCGACUAAGUAUAUAUCGCUUGUUGAGAACCGAGAAAUUAUUGUACGUGACUUGCAUCGGUUUCAUCAUUUCAAGAACGGGAUUUGUUCUUGUGGAGAUUAUUGGUAA